GAGUAAUCUCUUGGAGCUUUGCGUUUGGAACACCCUGUUAACAUCCCAAGAACUGAUGAUAAAUUCAGUAUAAAAUAAGCUGGAGCAAAGGAGAUUGCUGUGUAUAAUCAAAAUAGGGUAAAAAAAAAAAAAAAAAUAGCACCAGCAGCCCCAAAGCUGAGAAUUGACUACACGUCGGGAGCAGAGAUGAGAGAGCUGUAAAGAUUGCAUGUCCCGUGUAACAUUUAUUUUUGUUUUCGUGGGGUUUUCCAGAACUUGGGAAGUUUAUAGAAUAUUGGUUAGCUUUGAAAAUGCUGGGGGUUUUGUACUUCUAUUGUUUCUCUCUAGUUAGUCAAAAGCAGGAGGGUUUGGGGAUAUCAGUAUCACAACCACAAGGAAAUAAGUAGUUUUCUUUCUCAUACAAACUACUUCUAAUGCUGGCAUACCGUUCACAGCUGUUUGUAGCAGUGCUUCUGUAUUGUUUUAUUGGUCUUUUUAAGGGCUAUUCCCCUCUAUCUGUUUAGCCUGUGUCUUUCUAUCUUUUCUGCAUCCCUUCUGUAUCAUCUUAGUGCUCUAAUUAACAAGGCAAGCUUGUUUGUUUUUUUUUUACUUGGAGUACCAUAAUUCUUUUUGAAUUCAUCUUUGUCUGGGUGAACAAGGUUUGAUUCAAGCAGUACCAAAACAUUUCUUGCUAUGUAAACCUUUUUUUUUUUGUGGUAUGUGGUGAUGUAGUAUGCCUCUUAUAGGUCAAUAUGUGAGAAAUUCGAAUUUUUACACUGAUUGGCUUCUCUUGGUUGUCUGAUUCUUUCUAUGGAAGAAAGUUCAAACCUUCUGGCAGUUGUGAUUAGAACAGAUCAGGCCUCCAGAGGCUCAGCCAAAUGAGCUUGGGUACAGAUUUUUUUUGUAAAACCUCUCAUCUCUACAAAGUUGCAUUAAAAUUCUUUGUGAGAAUGUGGAGAAGCUGUUUUGACAUCUGUGAGUGGGAUCUUUAAAAUUUUGGAAGCCAGUCUUCCUGACACAUUCAAACUUGUCUCAAAUAUAAAUUACUUUAUGCGAUGUAUUUGAUAGAGUUUGAUUUAGAAAAGAACUUGAAGGUUAAUGAAUGUGAAGGUUUACCUAUUCUGUGGCUGUGCAGGAGACACUUAAACACAUGCCAGAUGUCAGUUUGCGUAGUUUGCUAGUUUGAAAUAACACUGCCUUUCUGUCUGGAAGGUAGGAGGAUGAUAUUUACCAGACGGGUUUUUCUAGACUUCUAAGGCUGUUUAAACACUUCUGUUAAGGGAAUGUUUUAUUUUGCAAUUUAAAACGGAGAGUUGAACUAUGCCUGUGACACUGCAAUAUUUGUAAAUAAAACUCAGAGUUUUACAGUGCUGAAAAGUCACUUUUCUUCUGCUAGUGGACUGUUACGGGAAAAUAAGUUCUGCCAGCAAAGAACUUGGUCAGGAAAAGACCCACUUUGUUAUUAAGUUAUUUAUUAAGUUAUUUUACUUUAGGUUUGGUGAUUCAAAACCGCUGAAAAUACUUUGCCUAACUAACUAUAUGAUUGCUGUGAGAGAAAGCAGACAUGGGGAAAUCAGCCAAGUAAUUAUUCUUUGAAAACUGGAACAGUUGUGCUUUAAGACUAGAAAUCUUUUUCUUUAGCAACUUAGAAGGCAUGUAUUUCCUUGCUGCAAAGCUGGCCUCUUAACAGACUCCUGACUUACAUGGCAUAGCACAACUCUUCUCAGUUUCCUGUCCCCUAAGAUAUUGUAAUACAGAGGAUAAGACUGAAUAUUACUUUUGUUACAAACAUUACUUUGGUACGCACAUCCAUCAUUCUUGGAAAAUAAUAAGGGUCCCAAAAAAAUAUUUAGGCAGCUGAGGCUUGUUGGCUAGCCUAGAUAUACAGAAUUUGGAGAAAUGUUAGGUAUUCCUGAGCAGAGUAGAAAAUGCCAGUAAGGCAGGUAUUUCUAGAUUCCUGAUGUUUGAGAGUGGGUGUGUGGAAGUGUCUCAUUGGAAAGAUUUGGCAGACUAAGGACCUGUCUUCUGCCUGGAAUACGGAUCAGCAAGCCCUUUCCUGUAAAAAGCAAUCCAGAGGCCACCUUAAGAAAAAAAAUCCCAAAACAAAACAACCUACAUCAAAACAAAGCAAAAAAAAAACCCCAAAAAACAAAAACCUGACAAAAACCCACUUAGUGGUGGAUGAAGAAUGUGAUGUUGGAUUAUGGUAACUUAGUGAUUAGAACAAUUGAAUGGAACAGGACAUAUACUACCUUCUGUAUGAGAGGUUUCAGCUCCCUGUUUUCUAUUAGUCAGAAGUGUGUACUAACCACCAAGCUGAAAAACAUUGGGUAAAAGCAUCUUCAAAUUUACAUUACUGCUGAAGAUGGAGUGCGGGUAGCUGUGCUGUAGGUUUUUUUUCCCCCAGAAAACACGUUCAUUGGCCACCAGGUACUUACUAAACAAAAUCAUGGAGGAGAUCCUCCUGGGAUACUUGGAAAAUAAGAAGAUGAUGGAUGACAGGCAGUGUGACUUCACUAUGGCAAAUUUGACAAAUUUAGUGGCCUUCUAUGACCACCUUAAUUAAAGUUAAGUUCGUGUAGUCAAUCUUCCUUAAGUAACUAAAGGGAGAUUGACUACAAGAAAGCUGGAGAGGGACUACUUACAAAGACAUGAUAGGACCAGGGUGAAUGACUUAUAAGAUUAGGAAGGAGAGAUUUAAAUUAAAUAUUAUGCAGAAGUUCUUUACUAAGAGGGUGUGGAGGCACUGGCACAGGUUAUCCAGAGAAGUGGAUGCCCCAUCCCUGGAUAUCUUCAAGGCCAGGGUAGAUCAAGCUUGGAGCAAUUUGGUCUAGUGGAACAUUCCCUGCCCAUGGUAGGGGUUUGUAACCAGGUCAUCUUUUGGGUCCAUCUGAACCAAAACCAUUCUGUUAUGCUUUACUAUACAAUGACACAUUUUUUAUAUAGCUUUUCUAAUAUAUUAUUUUAUUUGUCCAUAAGGAACUGCUUGAGCACUGAUUAUGAUCCCCUAAGUAAAAGAGGGCUCCGUCCUCUUUGGAUGGAACAGCAUUUCUUUGAGGCUGGGACUGGGGGUCUGUCUGACCCCCAGCUCUGCCAUCAACUAUCCCAGAGAGGGGUCCUGGAAGGAGCAGCCGUCCAGGGAGUCUCAGGCAGUUUCCAGCUAGAGGUAACCAUUAGGAGCAUGGCCUGAAGCUUCACGUGAUCAGCUCUUUUAGAAGUGAUUUCUGCUCUUGUGAUCAGCUCAGCUCAGCUCUGCUCAUGGGUUACCCCAGCUGAUGCACAGACAAGAGACAGGAGACUGUGUAGCAUUCUGUGGAGUCCUUUAUUGGCAGGCUUCAGCAAAGGGAGCCAGUGAUGAUCUUCCCCUGAACUGGGCAAAAGCUGGGGUUUUUAUAGGGAAGGGGAGAAUUGGGAAAGGGCCCAAUGGUCUGAGACUGGGAUAAGAUGACCAAUAGCUAACAGGGAGAUAACAUGGGGUCCCGAAGCAGGAAGGGGUCCACAGUUUAGUCACCAUGACUAAGUAGUUAUGUCUUAUCUUAGGGAACAGAUUUCCAGAGAGGAGGCCUAUCCGAGGACUGGGCUUCCUCUACACACUUCUGUCCAUGUGUCUGCUCCAUGUGCCACAGCUCCUGCAAGUGCACAUAGACUUUCUGUGGGUUACAUCUUCCUUCAGGGUACAUCCACCUCCUCCAAGGUUCCCUAUGGUUCCCUAUGGUCUGCUGGUGGAUCUCAGCUCCAGGGCCUACAGGAGCACAGCCUGCUUUACAGUGGGCUGCUGGGGAAUCUAUUAGUGCCUGGAGCACUUCCUGCAUGUCCUUUCUGAAUGAUUUUGGGGUCUGCAGAGUUGUUUCUCUCAGUUAUUCUCACCUCUCUCAGUUGCUGUGCAGUAGUUUUUACCCUUUCCUAAAUACCUUAUAAGCAGAGGCAUCAGCAGCAUGGCUGAGGGGCUCAGCUUUGGGCAGUAGCAGGUCCAUCUUGGAGCUGACUGGAACUGGUCCUGUCUGACACAUGGGCAGCUUCUGGUGUCUCUUAGAGAAGCCUCCUCUGCAGCCCACUCACUGCCAGAACCUGACCAGGUUAAAAAGUCACACCAUCUCAGGGAAAAAGCAGCACGUUGUUGGUUUCUUGAAGCAGCAAUUCUAAUGAGUAAUGAGCAGAUGAUAACAAGUUAAACAGUGCCUGGUAAACAACGCAAUCAUAGUGGCAGCACUGCACAAGCAAUAUCAAAGAGCAGGAGCUUUGGUGUUCCUGAGUGAGUAGGAAACAUGCCCAGGAUCUCACCUGCCAGAGUGCCUGCAAUUUUUACAUAGAUUUCUAUAGGUCUUGUAACCAUGUCUGUUAAUGCAACAGAGAAUGAUCCUCCCAGAUUCUUUGUGGGUGGAGAGGAUGGAGAAGGAUUACUGGAUUCAGCCAGAUCUACAGAUUACGAACACUUCUAUGACCAUGGGGAAGAAGAGGAGGAAGAGUAUGACUCUCCACCAGAAAGACAAAUUGCAGUGGGGAUUUGUUCAAUGGCUAAGAAAUCAAAGUCCAAACCAAUGAAGGAAAUUCUUGAACGCCUCUCCAUGUUUAAGUAUAUAACUGUGGUGAUAUUUGAAGAGGAUGUUAUUUUGAAUGAGCCAGUAGAAAAUUGGCCUUUAUGUGACUGUCUCAUUUCUUUUCACUCUAAAGGGUUCCCACUGGACAAAGCAGUAGCCUAUGCAAAACUCAGGAAUCCAUUCAUAAUCAAUGACUUGAAUAUGCAGUAUCACAUACAGGACAGAAGAGAAGUCUAUGGUAUUCUUAAAGCUGAAGGCAUUCUACUUCCUCGCUAUGCAGUUCUGAACCGUGAUCCAAACAAUCCCCAAGAAUGCAGCUUGAUUGAAGGAGAAGAUCAUGUGGAAGUGAAUGGAGAAAUUUUCCAGAAGCCCUUUGUAGAAAAACCAGUUAGUGCUGAGGACCACAAUGUUUACAUUUAUUAUCCAACAUCAGCUGGAGGUGGAAGCCAGAGGCUCUUUCGAAAGAUUGGCAGCAGAAGCAGUGUUUAUUCUCCUGAAAGCAGUGUAAGGAAAACAGGCUCCUAUAUUUAUGAGGAAUUCAUGCCUACAGAUGGAACUGAUGUGAAGGUGUACACAGUAGGUCCAGACUAUGCUCAUGCUGAGGCCCGGAAGUCUCCAGCGCUGGAUGGCAAAGUAGAACGAGACAGUGAAGGAAAAGAAGUGAGAUACCCAGUCAUUCUGAAUGCAAGAGAGAAGUUAAUUGCUUGGAAAGUAUGUCUUGCCUUUAAGCAAACAGUUUGUGGCUUUGAUUUGCUGCGUGCUAAUGGACAAUCCUAUGUCUGUGAUGUGAAUGGCUUCAGUUUUGUGAAAAACUCCAUGAAAUACUAUGAUGAUUGUGCUAAGAUACUGGGAAACAUCAUAAUGAGAGAACUUGCUCCCCAGUUUCAAAUACCAUGGUCAAUUCCUUUGGAAGCUGAAGACAUUCCUAUUGUGCCAACCACCUCUGGAACAAUGAUGGAGCUUAGAUGUGUUAUAGCUGUAAUACGCCACGGGGAUCGAACACCAAAGCAAAAAAUGAAAAUGGAAGUAAAACAUCAGAGAUUUUUUGAUCUCUUUGAAAAAUGUGAUGGAUAUAAAUCUGGAAAACUGAAACUGAAAAAACCAAAACAGUUGCAGGAAGUGCUUGAUAUAGCAAGACAGCUCCUUGUAGAACUUGGGCAAAACAAUGAUUCUGAAAUUGAAGAAAGUAAAGCAAAACUUGAACAGCUAAAGACUGUGUUAGAAAUGUAUGGGCAUUUUUCAGGCAUAAAUCGCAAAGUUCAGUUAACAUAUCUUCCUCAUGGCUGCCCUAAGACUUCCAGUGAAGAGGAAGAUAAUAGAAGAAAUGAGCCAUCCCUGCUUCUGGUCCUAAAAUGGGGAGGAGAGCUGACCCCUGCAGGCAGGGUUCAAGCAGAGGAGCUUGGAAGAGCUUUCAGGUGUAUGUAUCCCGGUGGACAAGGAGAUUACGCUGGAUUUCCUGGAUGUGGUUUACUUAGGUUACAUAGCACUUACCGACAUGAUCUCAAAAUCUACGCUUCUGAUGAGGGACGAGUACAGAUGACUGCAGCAGCUUUUGCAAAGGGACUACUGGCCUUAGAGGGAGAGCUGACUCCUAUUCUUGUCCAGAUGGUAAAAAGUGCCAAUAUGAAUGGUCUGUUGGACAGUGACAGUGAUUCUUUAAGCAGCUGUCAACAUCGUGUUAAAGCAAGGCUUCAUGAGAUUCUCCAGAGAGACAGAGAAUUUACUGCUGAUGACUAUGAUAAGCUCACUCCGUCUGGAAGCAUCUCACUGAUAAAAUCAAUGCAGAUUAUUAAAAAUCCUGUAAAGACAUGUGACAAGGUCUAUUACUUGAUCCAGAGUUUGACUUCUCAGAUCAGGCAGAGAAUGGAAGACCCAAAGUCUGCAGAUAUUCAGCUGUACCACAGUGAAACGCUAGAACUGAUGUUGCGUAGGUGGGCCAAGCUGGAAAAAGACUUCAAAACAAAAAAUGGAAGAUACGAUAUUAGCAAAAUUCCUGAUAUUUAUGACUGUAUAAAAUAUGAUGUACAACACAAUGGAUCGUUAAAAUUAGAAAACACAAUGGAAUUAUAUAGGCUUUCAAAGGCUUUAGCUGACAUUGUGAUUCCUCAGGAAUAUGGGAUUUCUAAAGCUGAGAAACUGGAGAUUGCCAAAGGUUACUGCACUCCUCUAGUCAGAAAAAUUCGUUCUGACCUUCAGAGAACUCAAGAUGAUGACACUGUAAAUAAGCUUCAUCCUCUCUACUCUAGGGGUGUUAUGUCCCCAGAACGCCAUGUUCGUACCCGACUGUAUUUCACCAGUGAGAGUCAUGUCCACUCCCUGUUAUCCACCCUUCGUUAUGGUGCCUUAUGUGAUGAAUCAAAAGAUGAACAAUGGAAACGAGCUAUGGAUUACUUAAAUGUGGUUAAUGAACUCAAUUACAUGACACAAAUUGUUAUCAUGCUUUAUGAGGAUCCAAAUAAGGAACUUUCUUCGGAAGAACGUUUUCAUGUAGAGCUGCAUUUCAGUCCAGGAGCUAAAGGCUGUGAGGAAGAUAAAAAUUUACCAUCUGGAUAUGGAUACAGACCUGCCUCCAGAGAGAAUGCAGGCUCGAAGAAAACUUCUCAUAGAAAUGAUAGUGAUGAGGAGGUGCAUGCUCCUAAAAGAGAUGAAACAGAUCGAUCAGUAGUGAUGUUCAAGCCAAUGGUAUCAGACCCAAUUCAUAUACACAGAAAGUCACCCCUUCCAAGAUCCAGGAAGAUUGGUUCUGUUGAAGAAGAGAGCCCCCUGAGUGUGUCUAGCCCAGAGUGUAUUGGUACCUGGCUGCAUUACACCAGUGGUGUGGGUACUGGGCGUCGAAGACGCAGAUCAGGGGAACAAAUCACUUCUUCCCCUGUCUCCCCUAAAUCACUGGCUUUCACAUCCAGUAUUUUUGGCUCAUGGCAACAGGUCCUAUCAGAAAGCAAUAGUAACUUACGAACACCAAGAACUAUGCUGGAACAAAAGCAGAGUGGGCUAGGGUCUCACUGUGCGGGCCUGUUUAGCACCUCAGUGCUCGGGGGUUCUUCAAGUGCACCUAACCUACAGGAUUAUGCUCGUACGCAUCGUAAAAAGCUGACUUCUUCUGGCUUCAUAGAUGAUCACAGACUUGUAAUGUGCGCCACAAGAUUCCAGCAAGUACAUUUUCUAAACACCACACGCGGUUCUGCUGUUAAAAGGUUUUCUAUCUCAUUUGCUCGACACCCAACCAAUGGUUUUGAACUGUAUUCCAUGGUGCCUUCUAUUUGCCCUUUGGAAACUCUACACAAUUCCUUGUCUCUGAAGCAGGUGGAUGAAUUUCUUGCUUCUGUUGCUGCUCCAUCAAGGGAGAAUCUACAGGAAACAUCUUCUCCAAUUUACAUGAUGCCCCUUUCAGGAAGAAAAAUUUCUUUAAAUACAUUUACCCCUGCAAAAAUUCAACCAACUCCACUUGAAACUUUGCCUGAAAGGCUAGCAGUAGAGAAACUAACCCUAUCUACCCUUGGAUGUCCUGUAAAUGUAUCUAAUAUUAAAUCAUCUCUUGAAGAGGCCUCAUUAGGUGCAGAACUUUGUGGUGAAACUCCUGAGAAAAAACGAUCGACAAAACUGGAAACAUCUUCUUAAAUGGUUCAUUAGUGUGCAUUCAAGCAAAUUACUGAACUGUCAAAAACCAUUCUUGUCUGGAUCUGCAAUUCAUAGUGCACUUAAGAAUCUUUAUACAUGGUUAACUAGUGUACACCAUAUUUAGGUCAAGUGUUUUUCUCAUUUUCGAAAACAUUUCAGGAAAUGUACUUACCAGUUUGAUGAACUGCACACCUUUUAAUGGAAAAGCUGCACAUGAACCUUUUCUGUGUCUUCAAAUACCUACUGUACACCUGUUCAAAAAAAUAUCGUAUGUGUUACUGUGGGUCUGUUGAUGUCACUGUAAUGACAGCACUGUCUGUUGUCAUCAUAAACUUCUAUUUUCAGGAGUUUAUAAUCUCCCUGUGAAUUCCUUCUAUGUGCUGAAAUGUAACACACAUCUUGACUUUUUUAAAAUUUAACUACAUUUCCAAAGAGAUCUCUUUUCCCUGUUUCGGAGAUAAGCAGAUAUUUUCUGCAUUUUAAUUACUCUGUAUCAUAUAUGCUGCAAUAAUUAAGCAUGAUGGAGUGAGUUCAUGUAUCAGCACUUCUGACUACUUUUUUUUUUCUGUUUACAUUGGACCUGUAACAUUCAAAUCUACUUUCGCUUUUAUUAUGCAGUACACAUGCUUGUAUACAGGUGCCUAUAUAUCAUCCAGCAGAUAAAACUGUCCUUUAUAUGUUUUUAUCAAAACCUUAUUUUGCUGCCUAAAAAAGGUUUUCCUUGAUAUAUCUUUCUAGAAAAAGGUGAUACUGAAAAGCAGGUUUUGUAGAAGGACAUAUGACUACAGCUAGUCUGCUACUAGGUUUAUUCUAAAAAUUGUAAAUAUUCCAUUUGUGCUUUAUUAUCAUCCUUUCACCAGAGAGAGACUGUGGACUACCAGAACUUAAUGUAUACUGUUCCAAAAUACUCAGGAUUCAUAAUGGCCUGGGAAUUUUCAUACCUCCCUCCUUCCGAUAUAGGUGGUUCACAGCAACUCUCAAAACAAAAACCUCAAAAAAUCCAAACAAACCAACAAAAAAACACCAAUAAACAAACAACAAAACAGGCCACCCCCUUAAAACCAAACAAAUGAAAGGAACACCCAAAAAAACAGGAAAAAACCUCACAAAGCAAACAAACAAAAAAGGAAAAAAAAAAAAUAAACAUUUUAUAAAAGAGGUAAGAAGCAUUUCUAAAUUGGUGGAAUGUGGCUUUGUGGUGUUAUUUAGAAUAAUUAUCCAGUCUAAGCAAUUGUAAUUUUUUUCUGUGGCAUGAAACAUUAAUGGGUUAUGAGUAUCCCAAAUGUAUGAAAAUAUAGACUAGUUCUAUAAGUUCAAGUGGCUUAGUAGUAAGAAUGGACUUCAUAACUACAAGUUAGGUACUUCUUACCAUGUUUCAGCUGCAGAAGACAUAGCUUAUGAGUAAAAUGUUUAAGUAGGGCUCUUACUUGUCUCCAGAGCCAGUGCAACUAUAGUUACAUACACUUUGUCACAGGGUCUUUUUUCAGUGUUUGCCAUAUAUGAAAUGGCUUCAGCAGACUAUUUCUAACAAUGCUGGUUAAAUACCAAAAAUAUGAAGGGUUUUGCAGCUAUAUACUUCAAGCAUUUCAUUUACUAUAGUGUAAUUGUGUUGCUGACAAUGUUGGUCUUGCAUACAACUGAAUAUACACUUGUUUACUGUAUAAAAAAAAAAAACAACUAAAAAUUUAAGUAUAUCAUUCCAAUCAACCAAAACUGCAGGAUAAAUUUUUUUAUGUGCUUCUAAAUAAACCAAGGUUACUGGCAA